AUGGACUACUCGCGGGUUUUUGAGAAUCUACACUCGAUUUUAAAAGCUGCUUCGUCCAAAUGUAAGGUGAUAGACGAGAAGUUUCCUAGCAAGUUUUACGAAAAGGAUCCCAACAAGAUAUUCGACUCUUACAAGAAGUUUUUGAAAUCGCGAGUGGAUAGCGAGGGAGCUCUCAAAAAUGAACACAACUUUCCGGUGACUACGAUUGGCGAACGAUUCGAGAAAAAAGAAUACUUAAAGAAACAAAACUCUUUUUACAGACUCCAUCACGAUGUCAAACUAGUCUGCACACUACUGAUACACUUUUAUCCCCAGGGCACGCGCACGUACCAGAUGGUCGACAAAUUCUAUAAGUUUGCCACGGAACUUUUGCUGCGAGAGUGUUACAGACUGGGUAUAACGCUCACAGAAGAAGUGCUGUUGGAGGACCAAUACGGGCCUGAAAAAUCCGAGUUUCACCGCCAAAUUUCUCAGGAUUUCAUAAGAAUCUCGACCGCGUAUUCGGUGCCCUAUGCAGAGUCUUACUACGUUUCUUCAGGGGACUUGGAUCUUUUCUCAUCCACGAUAUCGAAGUCACAACUGGACCGCAGGCCCACUGAGGCACCCAACAGCAGUUUCGAAACGAACAAAGUCAUUCCACAAACGGGAGAUGAAAUUGCGCCCAAAUUGGGCUUUCUUGGUGCUAACGUCAGUAACAUUCCAGACCCAACCCUACCCCCAUACGAAAUUAUGACCAAGUUUUUGCAUCCUAACUGGUAUGCUAUGCCCACCACUGUGUGGCUCCAAUAUGGCGACUUCAAGUCGUGGGCGCCCUCUUUCAAUGAAAGUAGCACAGUGAUCGAUGCUGGCCGCAGAGGAACCAUCUGGCUCGAAAAAAUUGGAUAUAUCAGACUGCGUAAUAUACGAGACGCACAGAUUGAUGAAGCAAGAGAGAAAAGCAAUAGAGAAUCAGAAGCGAAUGGUACUUCUGUCUUGGAGGGGGGUUCGGCGCUCACGAGUCAGCCCAAGACCGACGUCAGUGUUGGUGCCACUUCCAGUAAUAACCAGAAUAUACCAGAAAACCCUACUCCAGCAGAUGCACCCAAGCAAGAAACGCAAAAUGGUUCUCAGCUAGAAAAUGGUAUGGAUAAAGAUUUUAAAUCCAACGAGGAAGGAAAGCCAGACGAUGUACUUGGAUCGGAAGCAACCAAUACCGCUCCCACAUCUCCAACAAUAAAGUUGGAAAAUCUCUAUGAGUGGAUGCCAGGCAACUCGAUCGAAGAUGACGAAAUCAACGCAUUUUCCAAUGGGACACAUAAACAGCUAAUAACGCGGACGCUGUUAGAAAUGGCCCGUCUAAAACAAGAACGUUUAAGGUCAAAAAGAAUGAGCCAACCGUCAACGAGGGAAACACAAUUGUACCAUAAAGUACAAAGAAUGAUGAAGGAAGUGCUACUCGCCAAACAAGUGCGGAAAGUACCUCAAGUAACAGCAAGGGCAUUUCCUGUAUUACAAGCCAACUAUAUGGGUAGCAUACCAGUGGUAAGGACUGUACAAACUAGGAAGAAGAAGUACAAGAAAUAA